UUUUUUUUUCUUUUUGUUUCUUUCCUUCUUUUUCCCACACGAAAAAAAAACCUACAAAAGAAUGUCUUCCACUUUUAUUGAUCAUAUUAACACACAUAACCUAAACAACUCAAAGGAUGUUAUCCUUGAGGAUGAAGAAAAAGAAAGCUUUUCUGACGAGUUUUCCAGAAAAUGCUCUAUUGAUAUUCACGGACAACCCGUGAGCUCCGAUAUUCUGGUGGCGCUUCUUGAUCGACCUGGGGAAAUGAAGCAAUUGGCAGCCCGUAAUGCUCAGUUCUAUGAAUCAUUGGAGCACUAUAUUACAGAGACUCAAGGAGAGGCAGCCUGGCAAAAGUUUCAAGACUUGGUUUACAAACCUCGAGAAAAGUUACCCGAUCGCGCUUGGAUGAACCAAAUCAGCCAAUACUUAGUUCAUAACCCUAUAUUUCUGUCCCGCUUUAAAGACACGGUUGGUUAUGAAAAUGAGGACGAAAACCUCUUUGUUUCCGCUCCACCUCCUCAUAAACUGUCAACUUCAAGUAGUACGGGCUCUAACAGUGGUCGCCGCAGAAGCCGUCGAUUGUCCAACAUGAGUCUUGGCGAUAUCCUGGAUCAUGAUGAGGAUUCCGUACUGGAAGAAGACGCUCCAAACGUUCCGGAAGGUAUGUUUUCUAAUGAAGACCAAUUUUACCAGCAACACGGCAACCGAAGACGUCGCUCGUCUUACCACUCUAUCCAAUCAGAGCCUCAUCCUACAUUUGUAGAAUCCAAAAUUGACGAAGUGGACGAAGUGGAGGAUCGUCAGGAUAAUUAUCAAGGUGGAGAUGAGAGUGAUCAUUUAGGUGAUCUUUUGGAUAGUGACAGCAGCGAUGAUGAUGAUGAUAAUCGUGACCAAAAUCGGGCAAAAGAUAUCGGAGCGGGAUAUUCCACACCUCAUCACGUCACACACACUUAUGCCGAUAAGGAUUUGAUCAAGUUGAGAGAACACCCUGAUUUUCAAGCCAAUUUGCCUUAUUCACAUCCCGCGUUCUUUCGCAAGGCUAAACAGUUAUUGUCUUUGGGUGAAACUGCACAUCAUUUCUCAGCUACAAUCCGUCGAAACUCUAUCUUGGAAGAUGCAAUGCCACCAAGUCCAGUCACCGAAUUAGAGGAACCACGAUAUCAAACAUGCUAUUCUGAAGAGCAAGAUGAUGCUGACUGUAAGUUAACCCGUCUUAUAUGCUGUACAAGAAGAAAACAGCCUGACGAUGUAGCUUGGAUGAAUGGUGUUAUGGAGGCAUUGGAAGGAUGGCCUGAGUUGAUUGAUCGUUUGCAUGAUAUUAUAAAUGAAUCCCUGGCGGAUUAAAUACUCGUAUACCAUGAAUAAAAAGGUGUGUAUUAACAAACAUGGAAUUAGCUGUUUUUUAUAUUUAUUUUGGUAUAUCAAGAGGUGUGUGUGUGUGUGUGUGUGUGU